CAUGUGUGCAGUGCACACAAUGUAAUCACGAUUACCCGCCAUUCUCAGCUGAUAUGAGGAUGUCGGCUGUAGUUUGUAAACCGAUCCACGGUAAACUUAAGUUUGAGGAUGUCUUAUGUCCUAUUUGUCAGGAAAUUUAUAUCGAGCCGGUGUCCUUGCCGUGUAAGCAUGUUGUCUGUUUACAAUGUUUAGAAAAGAUUGUUGAAAAUAACAGUUUAGUUUGUCCGAUAUGCCGCACAAGAAUCGGUACGUUUAUUCGAUUAGCCAAGAAUUUGAAAAAGACCGUUGAUCAGAACUUUUGGCAGAAGCUUAAAAAACAGUUCCCCGUUGAAAUAAAAAGAAAACUAAAUGGAGAGGAAGAUGGUCUUGCCAGGAGAGUACUUUUGGACCAGCCAGUAUCGACGGUAUUGGCUAAAAAAGGUUCCAUUAAGGAAGAAUUUGAUGAAAUGUUCCACAAAUUAAAAAUUGAAGAAGAAAGAACACGACUAGCAGAACAACAAGCUAGUGAGGAAUUGGCUAAAAGAAUUAUGGAAGAAGAGUUAGAACAAGAAAAGCAAAGAAAAAGAAAAACUGAAGAAAUCGAAAAGGCUGAUGUUCUGUAUAUAAAAUCCAUGAUUUUAACUGAAAAUAACCAAAGAAAUGAUCUGUCCGAAAACGGUAUAAUCCAGUGGAAUGAUAGUCCGUCUUCUUCACCAUCUACUUCCUCUGGAUCAACUGGGAGAGAUUCUAUAUCAGACGAACUUCGACAUUUCACACCAAUAUUUAUAGCACCUAAGACACCUCCAAAGCAAUUGCCAAAUGGUAAACUCAGAGAUAUGACUAUUAUAAAACCUAUCAAUUUAACCUCAUCCUUCAAUGAUCCUCCAGAAUCUGGUUUCGGAAGCGUUCAAAAUAAGACUUCAUUGAAAAUAAUGUCUAACAAUUUUUUAAGAACCAAACCAGCUGUAGUAGAAGACGUAGAGAUGAAAGACGAAGGAACUAGCAGCAAUCAAAAUGAUAAUCAUAAUACAUCCUCAGAUUUAAAUUCAAAUAUCACCGAAGAACUUCCAUUUUCAAUAAUCAAAGAACAAGAAUUGAUACAAAAAAGAAUAAAACAAGAACAAGAAGAUCUAGCUAUCGCCCUAAAGCUUCACAAUAAAUGGAAUAAAGAAAAAACUCAAGUAAAAAGAAAACAUGGUUAUCAGUUAAGAAGUGCCAAGAAAAACAAAAGGUCUUGAAUUAUAAAGACUGAAUUCUUAAAUAAUUGAAGGGUAUAAACUAUUUUUUUUUUUUUUUUUUUGGAAAAUUA